CCAGCUUUACUUGAACACUUUUUUUACUGAUAAGAAGCCCAGGCAAUGCAGUUUCCUUCUUUUUCGGUGCUUUCAAUCCACAACAGAGCAGGAGAAUGUCAAAUACGCACAAGCUGGACUUGCUCAUUGCCGAGUGUCAAGAAGGAACAGCUCGGUUGAGUUUGGACAGGACCGACGCUAGCAACACCGCCAGAGCUCCAACCAUGCACCAUAGCGCUCUGAAUAGGGGUAGCGAAAGAGAUCGACGAAACUUCCUACCAUCUCUAGAUUCUGGAAUUCGGGGUCAGCCUGCACCUUUGCCCAAACUAGCAGGUCUUAUAUGGAUGUUGGUGCGGCUGGCUGCAGGCGCCUCCGGGAAAUCAGCAACAAGGAAUUUACGAGAUGAAAAGGAAGCCUCACGAAAGAGUCGUGCGGAUGCUAUUGGAAUCAAAGCUAUAAAACAUCUUCUCAUCUCAACACGAGCGACUCUCCCUCAACUCGUUAUCGCCCUCAUUUACCUCUCCCGUCUCCGUCGAUCCCGCUCUCGGUCAGCAUGGCGACGUCCUCUUCCCUUCCUCUUUGUUACCUGCCUUCAACUGGCAUCAGACGCAGCCCACCGGCAUGCGUCCUCAUCUACCUCAACUAAUCUGCCGCUCGAUCUCUCGGUAUCUGACAAGGAAUUUGGCGGAGCAUGCAAGCGGGUCAAAGAAGUGGCCAUGUUUUGGAGGAAGCGGGUGAUCCUCAAAGAGGGUGGAACACUUCCAUAGACCUCUGAUUGACAGGUCAUGCUUGUACAAGUUUGUUUUAUACUUUUUGUAGUGGUAUUAGUGGUUUGGAGCUGUUACAUGUUGGACCAGUUAGCCGUUAGAGACUAUUACCCUUGGAAAAAAUAACAUAGAUACGCUCGAAGGGAAUUGGGAGAGUGUAUUGAGACUCA